ACAACCUCUGAGCAUUCCCUCCCAGGACCCUUGGAGAAAUCUGACUCCCAAAAAGUUGAGGAGGAUGAAAGUCAGAAUUCUAUGGAGCCACAUGUGAAUUUAUUGGGAAGGAGAAAGAAACUGAGGAUACAACAACAAACUCACAAAGGAGAGAAACCAUUUGAAUGUAUUGAAUGUGGAAAGAGCUUCAGUACAAGUGGAACACUUAGAAUACAUCAACGAACUCACACGGGGGAGAAACCAUUUAAAUGUAUUGAAUGUGCAAAGAGCUUCAGUACAAGUGGAACCCUUAGAAUACAUCAACGAACUCACACUGGGGAGAAACCAUUUAAAUGUAUUGAAUGUGGAAAAAGCUUCAGUAGGAAUGGAGCACUUAGAAUACACCAACGAACUCACACGGGGGAGAAACCAUUUAAAUGUAUUGAAUGUGGAAAGAGCUUCAAUCAAUAUGUAGUCCUUAGAAUACAUCAACGAACUCACACUGGGGAGAAACCAUUUAAAUGUAUUGAAUGUGGAAAGAGCUUCAGUGAAAGUGGGAAAGUUAGAAUGCAUCAACGAACCCAUACUGGGGAGAAACCAUUUAAAUGUAUUGAAUGUGGGAAAAGCUUCAGUAAAAGUGGGAAACUUAGAAUACAUCAACGAACUCACACAGGGGAGAAACCAUUCAAAUGUAUGGAAUGUGGAAAGAGCUUCAGUGAAAGUGGAACACUUAGAAGACAUCAACGUACUCACACAGGGGAGAAACCAUUUGAAUGUAUUGAAUGUGGAAAGAGCUUCAGUACAAGUGGAACACUUAGAAUACACCAACUAACUCACACGGGGGAGAAACCAUUUAAAUGUAUUGAAUGUAGAAAGAGCUUCAGUACAAGUGGGAAACUUAGAAUACAUCAACGAACUCAUACUGGGGAGAAACCAUUUAAAUGUAUGGAAUGUAGAAAGAGCUUCAGUACAAGUGGAACCCUUAGAAGACACCAACAAACUCACAAGGAGAAACCAUUUAAAUGUGUUGAGCAUUCCCUCCCAGGACCCUUGGAGAAAUUUGACUCCCGAACAGGUGAGGAAGAUGAAGGUCAGAAUUCUGUGGAGCCACAUGUGAAUUUAAGGGGGGAAACAAAGAAAUUGAGGAUACAACAAAAAACUCACAAAGGAGAGAAACUAUAUGAAUGUAUGGAAUGUGGAAAGAGCUUCAAUGAAAGUGGAAAACUUAGAAUACAUCAAGGAACUCAUACGGGAGAGAAACGAUUUGAAUGUAUAGAAUGUGGAAAGAGCUUCAGUCGAAGUGGGAAACUUAGAAUACACCAACGAACUCACACAGGGGAGAAACCAUUUAGAUGUGUUGAAUGUAGAAAGAGCUUCAGUAAAGAUGAAGCACUUAGAAUACACCAACGAAGACACAUGGGGGAGAAACCAUUUGAAUGUAGGGAGUGUGAUAAGAGCUUCAGUCGAAGUCGGGCACUUAGAUUACAUCAACAAACUCACACCGGGGAGAAACCAUUUGAAUGUGUGGAUUGUGGAAAGAGAUUCACUCAAAGCGGAUAUCUUAGAAUACAUCAACAAACUCAUACAGGGGAGAAACCAUUUGAAUGUAUUGAAUGUGGAAAAAGCUUCAGUGGAAGUCGAUAUCUUAAAAUACAUCAACAAACUCACACGGGGGAGAAACAAUUUAAAUGUAUUGAGUGCAGUAAGAGCUUCAGUCAAAGUGGAUCUCUUAGAAUACAUCAACGAACUCAUACGGGAGAGAAACCAUUUAAAUGUACUGAAUGUGGAAAGAGCUUCAGUGAAAGUGGACAUCUUAGAAGACACCAACGAACUCACACAGGGGAGAAACCAUUUAAAUGUGUGGAUUGUGGAAAGAGCUUCAGUCGAAGUGGAUAUCUUAGAAUACAUCAACGAAUACACACGGAUAAACCAUUUAAAUGUAUUGAAUGUGGAAAGAGCUUCAGUGAAAGUGGGAAACUUAGAAUACAUCAACAAACUCACACAGGGGAGAAACCAUUUGAAUGUAUUGAAUGUGGAAAAAGCUUCAGUAGGAAUGGAACACUUAGAAUACAUAAACGAACUCACACGGGGGAGAAACCCUUUAAAUGUAUUGAAUGUGGAAAGAGCUUCAGUGAAAGUGGAUAUCUUAGAAUACACCAACGAACUCACACGGGGGAGAAACCAUUUGAAUGUGUGGAUUGUGGAAAGAGCUUCAGUCGAAGUGGAUAUCUUAGAAUACAUCAACGAACUCACACAGGGGAGAAACCAUUUAAAUGUAUUGAAUGUGGAAAAAGCUUCAUUGAAGGUGGGAAACUUAGAAUACAUCAACGAACUCACACAGGGGAGAAGCCAUUCAAAUGUAUGGAGUGUGGAAUGAUCUUCAGUAAAAAUGGAUCACUUAGAAUACAUCAACGAACUCACACGGGUGAGAAACCAUUUAAAUGUAUGGAGUGCGGUAAGAGCUUCCAUGAAAGUGGACAUCUUAGAAUACACCAACGUACUCACACAGGGGAGAAACCAUUUGAAUGUAUUGAAUGUGAAAAGAGCUUCAGUACCACUGGGAAACUUAGAAUACACCAACGAAUUCACACAGGUGAGAAACCAUUUAAAUGUAUGGAGUGCGGUAAGAGCUUCAGUGAUAGUGGAUCACUUAGAAUACACCAACGUACUCACAUGGGAGAGAAACCAUUUAAAUGUAUUGAAUGUGGAAAGAGCUACAGUCAAAGUGGAGGCCUUAGAAUACACCAACGAACUCACACUGGGGAAAAACCAUUUAAAUGUAUGGAAUGUGGAAAGAGCUUCAGUGAUAGUGGAUCACUUAGGAUACACCAACGAACUCACACAGGGGAGAAACCAUUUAAAUGUAUGCAGUGUGGAUUCAGCUUCCGUGAAAGUGGACAUCUUAGAAGCCAUCAACAAACUCACACAGGGGAGAAACCAUUUGAAUGUGUGGAUUGUGGAAAGAGCUUCAGUCGAAGUGGGACACUUAGAAGACAUCAACGAACUCACACAGGGGAGAAACCAUUUAAAUGUAUUGAAUGUGAAAAGAGCUACAGUCAAAGUGGAGAACUUAAAAUACACCAACGAACUCACACAGGGGAGAAACCAUUUAAAUGUAUGGAAUGUGGAAAGAGCUUCAGUGAUAGUAGAUCACUUAGAAUACACCAACAAACUCACACAGGGGAGAAACCAUUUAAAUGUAUGGAAUGUGGAAAGAGCUACAGUCGAAGUGGAGAACUUAAAAUACACCAACGAACUCACACUGGGGAGAAACCAUUUAAAUGUAUGGAAUGUGGAAAGAGCUACAGUCGAAGUGGAGAACUUAAAAUACACCAACAAACUCACACUGGGGAAAAACCAUUUAAAUGUAUUGAAUGUGGAAAGAGCUAUAGGCGAAGUGGAGUACUUAGAAUACACCAACGAACUCACACAGGGGAGAAACCAUUUAAAUGUGUGGAUUGUAGAAAGAGCUUCAGUGAUAGUGGAUCAUUUAGAAGACAUCAACGAACUCACACGGGGAGAAACAAAUUAAAAGUUUAUAGGGAGAAACCAUUUGAAUGUUUUGAAUGUGGAAAGAGCUUCAGUGAAAGUGGAGCACUUAGAAUACACCAACGAACUCACACAGGGGAAAAACCAUUUAAAUGUAUUGAAUGUGGAAAGAGCUUCAGUGAUAGUGGAUCACUUAGAAGACACCAAUGAACUAAUACAGGGGAAAAACCAUUUAAAUGUGUUGAAUGCGGAAAGAGCUUCAGUAAAAGUAGGAUACUUAGAAUACACCAACAAACUCAUACAGGGGAGAAACCAUUUCAAUGUACGGAAUGUGGAAAGAGCUUCAGUGUUAGUGGAUCACUUAGAAUACACCAACGAACUCACACAGGGGAGAAACCAUUAAAAUGUAUUGAAUGUGGAAAGAGCUUCAGUGAAAGUGGAACACUUAGAAGACAUCAACGAACUCACACGGGAAAAAUCACAGAUACUUUAAUAAACCAUAUAGGUGUUCUUUACCUUUCCUUCUAUGCUUACUUGCAAUACUGAUAAAAUCAAACCACGCCAAUGCUUUCAGCCCCAGAAGAGGUGGUCCCCUUGGUGUCAGGGUAGGGGUCCAAGGGAGCAUCUGGAGCCCUGCCAUUCCUUCUGUCCCUGGCCCCUUCCCCUCCUCUCUCUGCCAUCCCAGGGCCACUCAUGACUCCACAGGAGGAGACUGGAUCUGUCUGUGAUGGUGAGAUGUCCUGGCUGGUUGAAGGACCACUUCCUGUUUCCUAGACCUCCAGCCUGCCUUCUCAUGCAAGGUGGAGUCAUGAAGCAGGUGAAGGCUGAGCACACCUAAGGGUGGCGCAGCGGGUGGGUGGGAUUCUGCUUAACCUUUCCCCGUCUGCUCCUUUUCUGGAUUCAAAUCCCCACACAAAAAGGGGCAGUGUGAGGGCGCAAUCAAUGUUAUGGAGCUGCACUGAAAAUCAUUGCUUUGUGACCGUAAGAGGCCCUUUUCAAAAAAACAAGCAUCAAAAGAAUUUAAGCUAUAGAAUUUAAAACAAACAGAUAAUUACAAAAGAAGAAAGCAGUCUGGUGCCACAUUGCGUAGGAGUUACUUUAACACACUCUACCUGGGGCUGCCUUUAAAAAGAGCUCAGAAACUUCAAUGGCUCAAAGAACUGCAGACACUUUGCUGGCCAGGCCUGGCUAUAGGCAGCAUAGGACUCCCAUAUUAGAACAGCUCCAUCUGCCUAAUUGUCUGUUUCUGGACACAAUGUUUCCACAUGAAGAGGAAGAUAGAUUUGGAGUGCCGCAUUUUCAAAAAAGAUGGACACACGACUAUUUCUUUGUGGAGCUGAAAGGCAUGCCCGUGUGCCUCAUUUGUGGUGAGGCCCUCUCCGUCCUGAAGAAGGCCCACCUGCAGAGGCACCACAGGACGAAGCCCAUUCAGUACAAGGGAGUUCCAAGGGCAGCUGCGCCAGGAGAAGGUCAAGGCACUGAAAACGGACUUGUUGGGUAACCUGUGGCCCCUCCAGAUGAUGUGAUAUUGCAACUCACAUCUUCUUUAGCCGUUGGCCACGCUGGCUGGGGCUCAUGGGAGCUGGAGUCCAAGGAUCUAGGUCCACAAAUGCUGGGGACAUUUCAAAUCCCUCCUCAGUCAUGAAGCCAAUUGGGCAACUUAAAGCUGGUUCACCAUCUUUAUGCGAAACCUCCCUCGCAGGGUUGCUGUGUGCGUGAAAGCAAUAUAUCUUGUGGUGGGCUUGAUGAGGGGAGUGUGGAACAGAAAUGUAAUUCAUAGGUAAGAAGACAGGAAAUAGUUCUGAAUCUGACUGAAAAUAAAGGAUUCUUUGUCUCCAAAUUGCAUAUAGCAAGCACCUGUGUUGUUGAACUCUAGCUGAAGUCUCAACAUCUGGUUCCUCAGCACUCUGCACUCUCUCUCUCUGGAAACCUCCAGCUGUCAGGUGACAGGAACCAGCCAAUGCCUCCCAGUUCAGAAACAGUCUGCCAAGAGCUGAGAUUGGAAGUGGACAACCAAGGAAACUUAGGGGAGCAUUUUCAUUUCCAUGCUUAUGAAUGUUGAUUUGAAUCAAUUCAUCUGAUGUGUUCAAAAUAGUAGAGAAACUUUAUGGUUGACACCACCUUGAGAUAGUUUUGACAGGAAUUCGGGGAACUAGGAAUAUUUUUAGUUCCAUCAGGGUUGAUGGAUCAGCAAAUAGCUAGAGAGGAUUAAGGGGUGGGGGCGGGAAUCAGGCCUUGUUUCUCAUGUGACAGAUAACCGAUUCCACAGUUCUUAAAUGUGACCAUUUGCUGCCUCCCAAAAUUAUGCUUAAGCCUCCCCCCCCAAAAAAAA